AUGUAUCAUCGAGCGGAGCAGUAUGGAACAGGUGUCUAUGAUGUUCCGCCAGCUCCGUCUGGGGUCGUGUUUCCAUCGGAAGUUCGUCAAAGUUAUAGCGGAGGUGCCGAUGAGUAUCGACCACGAUCUCAAAGUGCAGACACAGGGCGUUAUAGUUCUUCUGUAGAGUUUGCAAGCUCAAACCGUCGUCGACCUUAUAUAGAAGAACAUCACGAUGACUAUCCUAGCUCUGGAAUUGUUACAUAUGGUGCCGCAUCUGCUGGUAGUUCUGCAUUGAGCAAUUUCAAGCAACCAUCACCACCCCCUCGACAACAAUCUCAUUAUGUAAACUUUCCUUCUAGUAUACGUGAGAACCAGAGUGUACCUGGACCAUCAACUGUACCAGCCGGCUCCACCCACAAUUUCACACAGCAUCUGAGAGAACGUUCACCAUCUAGUAGCUCAGCUCUGCUUAAUCUUCUCCAAAGAUACCCAUCAGCUCGUCAAUCAGUGUAUAAUGAAGCUAAUAAACUUCUAAAGAACGAUCACCCGAAGAAUAAUUCUACAGCUUUACCUAAUUAUCAAGAACGUUCAGCAUUUGUUUCAUCAAACGCAGUCUUGUCAUCAUUGCCGUCGUAUCCAGCUGGUAGCACUGCGCUGCUUCACGAGAACUCCGCGAUCGGUACUGGCACUCUGCCUAAGCCAUCACCAGCUGCUAGUCGUCGCACUUAUUCUCUGCCUACAACUGAAACUUGGAGUAUCCCCUCCAGGGAACAGCCUGGGCUCACCAGCUCAUAUCACAGCGAGUAUCGAUCGUCACCUGUUAGCUCGAAAUUUUACGAAUCGCCACAGUCCAUUGGUCCUCUCUCUUCUCACGCCCAGCAGCAACAGCAGCCGCAACAGCUUCAACCCUAUCACCAGCAUCACUCACAGAAUAUUAACCAGCGUGUUCCUAUACCACAGACCGAUAAUAAGCAAAGUUUUUUCGGUUCUCCACAAACGUCUUCUACUCCUUAUUAUCAGAAUAUACCUUCUAGUCUAAUUCAAGAUUCUGAGUUCAACUAUAGGUCACAACCACCUCAUAAAUUUUAUUCCGCUGAAAGUAAUAAUAACCUACCUCUACCCCAUCAUCUUGGGAAUUCCAUUAAUUGGCCUGAUCCGUCAGAUAUUACACAGUUAGAUUCUCUACUCAAGUCUGUGCUACUUCUGAAUGAAGACGCUGACAUGAAUCGUUCGACCAACGAAUGGCGGAACUCCUUUGCUCAGAUGAAAGAGAAGUUCCGUAACACACCUUUUGAAGAGCAAGCAAAUGGUUUAUACAAUAAUUUUGCAAGCUCCGGAGCCCCAACUCUACCUCGUAGAGGCGGUCCACUUCUUUCCAAAUCUUCUAGUCAUCAUGAUGUACCUGAGUCAUCGUUACUAGCAAAAGCUGUCCAACGACGUGCUUCAGAAGCUCCUGACCAUAGUCGUUCAGGAGCAAUCGAUACAUUCUGGUCUGCUACUGUUGCGUCAAGACCUCAAUCACCUACCAUUCAGCGUUUACCUACUUUAACUGCUGCUGAGCGCUUACAAAUGCUUCAAGAGCCUACAAACGGUCCUUCAAACAAUUUUAGAGGAUCUGUUGAACAUUUGACAAAUGAUGGCAAGUCUUCAUUGGCUGCUCGACGAGAUCUAUAUAUGAAUGGAGUUGCCAACUCUAAUUUCACCGGCUCAAAUGUGGGACAUCACCUGGACGCUGGAGCUGUUUCAUCACCUAAUUUUGCAGAAUUAGAUAGUGCAGUCAAAGAGUUAGGCGGUGGCGUUCGUUCCACUGGCUACUCUCAUAGUGCUAGACGACUGGGAGGUUGUGCACGUUUUCCGACUGAUGAGCAUGCUUUCAGCCCACCACGACAAGCUGGUUUAAUUACCAAUCAUUUUCGUCUCAUGAAUUCUCCUAGUCCAUCAGAUACUGCUAGCGAAACAUCAUCUGUUUAUCAAGUUCCAACUGGACUUCCCCAUCCCAAACCGAAGCAUAACAUAAAAGAACAGCUUCAUCAGCUUCAACAACAGCAACAACAAAUAAACGGCUAUUAUCCACGCUCUGGUCUUGUGAAAACGUCACCCAACUUUCCUGUGCCAACUACGGGAAGUGUUGCAUCUCGUAUAACCGAAUUUGAAAAACGACCGGGAACACCUACUCUUCAUGUGCUAAAUGUAUCCAGUCAAGAAAAAAUUAUUCCUACAUCUAAUUCUAUGAGCCCUAAAAGCUCAGUAUUCCGUGCUAAGCCUGUGAUUCACGUGGACUUGGGUUCUCAUCAUACAAGAUCACCACAUCAUGAAACAACAGCUAUUGAGUUUCAGCAAAAGGUUAGUCAAGUAUUCUAUUUACUAACAAGAUAUGCUGUGUACAACGGACUGUUUGCUUUUUCUUCUCUCUGGACUGAUUUCUAUUGUAUGAUGUUAAAUGGAAAACAUGUUAUGUUAAUAUGUUAUGGCUACUAA